AUGUGUUUGAUAUUAUGCGAAGAAUCUAAAGCAUUUCUCGAACCAUUAUCAACCAUAUUUAACCUUUCAUACCAAAAGAAAGAAAAAAAUGGAAAGUUUGGAAAGUUAUUAGAUUGGUUCUGCUGCAAGGGCAGUUGGAAAAAGAAAAAGGUAAAGAGAUGUGGGGAAGACGUACCGAUUGAAGGAGUUAAAGAUGCUAGGAGUGGGUGUGAUGUUAUUGUUGAUGAGGUUAUCAAUGAAGUAUCAUGUGGAAAUGUGCCACAAGUCAUUAGUCAAGUGGAUGACAAUAAAUGGAAGAAGUUCUCUGAUUACAAAAUGAUAAGGGUCUUAGGCGAAGGAGGGUUUGGUCAUAUGGUUUUGGCUGAACAAAACGAAACUAAAAAAUUGUAUGCCUUUAAAUUCCUGAAAAAAAACUCGGUCAAGGCAUUUGAUUUGUACGAAAAUGAAAAGGAAGUUCUCAAAAUUGCCACGAACCAGCCUUUCCUCAUCGGCUACCAUGCCUGUUUCCAAACACCCAAUAAUUACAUCAUAGCUAUGGAUUACGCAUGCGGUGGAGAUUUGGAUAAUCUUAUUAAAUAUUUGGGUAGAAUUCCAGAAGAGUCCACUAAAUUCUAUGUAGCGGAACUGGUGUUAGGCGUAUCAUUUCUACAUUCCAAAGGGAUUAUCCAUAGAGACCUCAAACCGGAGAAUGUUAUGCUAGACCAAGAUGGCCAUAUAAGAAUAACAGAUUACGGUCUUUGCAAAAGAGAUUUUAGUUAUGGCGAAAAAACCAAAGAGAGGGUGGGUACACUGGACUAUGUAGCGCCUGAAAUCUGGCGGGGUAAAAGUUAUGAUUUUAGGGUUGAUAUCUGGGCACUGGGAGUAACCAUGUAUAAAAUGCUUACAGGACGAAAGCCUUUCGAUUUGCCUCUAAAGCGAAAUCCUUGGCAAAGUAUCAGAUUAAUAGGUAAAAAAGCAUUAGUCCGUAUUCCAGAUUCAAUAUCUGAUCAGGCUUGCCAAGUUUUGCAGAAAUUUCUAGCCAAAAAAAUGGAGAACAGGCUGGGAUCCAAUCCCAGCACCACCAUCCAUUCCAUCGCCUCCCUGCGCUUCUUCAGUUCCAUCGAUUGGAAACUGCUCGAAGCCAGGAGAGUGCAACCACCUUACAAACCUAUACUUCCACCCUAA